UAUCUUUUGAAUCGUCUACAAAAAGAAAGGAUCCAUCUAAUUUUUGAUGAAGUUGAACUCCUCUCUCCAGCGGCGAACAAAAAUGGAGGGUUUGGCAGAGCUGGAGAGAAGACAAAUCCGAAUCCUCCAACGAAUAACGGAACUAGAGCUUUCUCAUUUGCCACAACGCUUCUCUGACUCACUCUAUCUCUCUACACCCAACAGGAGCAGCUGCGACACCACUUCCACCUCCACCGCCACCGAAGCUCGCCUCUCCGCCAUCCUUCGCGCCAAUGGCGUUCGAGACUUCUCGUUCAAGCGAGUCCCUUCUGAUUACUACGAUCGCCCCCUCGAAGCCCGACGAGACAUCCUCGGUGCCCCCUCUGUCGAUCAUCUCUGCAAAAGCAUUGUCUUGGUCAAUACUCAAGCCCCAUCCAAUAUAACUGAUUGUAGUGAUCGCAAUAAUUCAAAGUAUUAUGUCGUCGUUGUUCAGUAUACUGCUCGGUUUAGUGCAGAGACAGUGAAGAACUUUCUGUAUGAGCUCAACAAUGGGAAGAUACCAAAAAAGAAAUUUAACUUGCGGCUUGCUCCUGAGGAGACAUCACUGAAGUUGACGGGUUAUGAACGCAAUGGGGUUACAUGUAUUGGCAUGAAGACAGACAUUCCGGUGAUCUUGGAUGAGGCUAUUGUGAAGCUUAAUUCUGUUUUCUUCUGGUUGGGAGGCGGAGAGAUUGAUUUGAAGCUGGGGAUCAGGACAUCUGAAUUCAUCAACUUCGUGAAACCUUUCAUUGUCAAUUGCAGUGGUACUUGAUUACCCAGAAUUAACUGUUAUACAAUCAAUUAUAGAGUGCAGAACCUGACAGGACUGCCUGUUUUGCGACUCAUCAAUCCUACAAUGCUACAAAUGCCAUUAUCAGCCUGCUCCUGUUCAGGAUCUAGUUUGGGACAUUAGUAAUCUUUGCAGCAUGAUUUUUGCUUUACAGAUUCUUUGUUCUUAUUGAAAGAAAAUGACACUUGUAGUUUAAUACUCCUUUUCUUUUGGUGUUUCCAGUUAGUGACUUGGCUGGAAAAUAGAAUUGUGACAAUUUUUUGAUUGUUAUGGAGAAUAGCUAGAAAAUAGAAUUGUGACAA